AUGCCCUUUGUCAAGCAAGAGUGCCCAUCUACGCCUAUAAGGUUAUCAAAUAGAAAGUCAUACUCAAUUCUCACCCCAAUUUCACCCAAUAGAAUAAACCAAAGUCCACCGAAAGUAGAUCUCAAGGCACCACCACAAAAGAGAGAAAGAAUAAUAAGUGAAUCAACAGGAUUAGUCAAAUUUGCAUUAUCUCCAAAAGGUAAAACCAGCACAACUGGAUCCAAAUCAAGAAGCAGCAACACCAAAGCAAGUCCAAGCAAGCUUGGUUUACCUGUGCAUAUCCCAAUCAACCCAACCUUGGUGGAAGCAAAACCAAAAACAAUAGAAGACUUACAAGCCGAGCAAAGAUAUUUACUUGAACAGUAUUCUAUAAAACAAGCACAAUUACAUGAAUAUGAACGGAAAGUAGAAUCUAAGAAACUUGAAUUAUUGGAAAUUUCUCAGAAAUUGGAAACUAGUAAAAGAGAAGAAGUGAUUCUUUCAGGAAAUACAACAUCCAGUGAUAUCUACAAAAAAGCGUAUGACGAAGCUGAACGGGAAUUAAGCAAAUUGAAGAUCAGACCCGAUAGUCCUAGUAGACGAAAUACACUCAAAAAGAAACCUUCGUUCCUUCAACAAGCAAAUUCUCUCAAGAAGCAAGCUUCACAAGCAUUUGAAGAAACUAUAAAUCAAGACAAUCUUAGGAGACAAGCUUCGGUUGUAAAACAAUCAUUUGAAAUAAAUCCAAAUACAAUCAAGAAACGUGCAUCAUUUAUAAAUCAAGCCUUUGAUGAUUUGAACAGCAAUGUGAAAAAGAGAGCUUCUACAAUCUUUACCACCCCUACUAUGGCAAAUGAUGACUUUCAAAGUUUGAUUCAACAAUCAAAUGAAAAAAUUGAUGGAUUUGCUAAACAAACUACUAAAUUCUUUAAUGAAGUUACAAGUACUAAGUUCUUUAAUGAUAAUAUGUUUAACAGCAUUAACAAAACCAAUCCAUUUGUUUCUAGUAGAGAAGAAGAUAUUGCCAAUAGUUCAUUUAAUUUUGAUAACCUUAAAGUCGAGAAAGAUGUAGAUACAAAUAGCUUUAUCUAUGAACGCUCAUUUGAAGAUUCAAGAGAUGAGAUCCAUAUAGAUGAUUAUGAUUCAUCAUUCGAUUAA